AUUCUAAAAUGCAUCUGUCCUCCCCUGCAGGGUUUCGUGCGGACCGUGUUCCCCCUGCUCUGGAUGCGGUGGUGAUUGGCAGCGGUAUUGGAGGUUUGACCGCAGCAGCACUUUUGUCUAAAGCCGGGAAGCGAGUCGUAGUUCUGGAGCAACAUGAUCAGGCUGGAGGCUGCACACACACCUUUCAGAAUAAGGGAUUUGAGUUUGAUGUGGGUAUCCAUUACCUGGGCCAGCUUCACGAGGGCAGCCUGCUGAGGGUUGCUCUGGAUCAGAUCACAGAGGGACAGUUGCAGUUCACACGGCUGGAGCAACACUUCGAUACACUGAUCCUUGGUCUGCUUAACCAGCGCAGGGAGUACCAUAUCCAUUCAGGGAAGACUGAGAUGGCAGAUAGCCUGAAGAAGCAGUUCCCAGGAGAGGAGGAGGCCAUUGAUGAGUUCAUGAGAUUGAUGAAGCUAGCCUCACGGCGGACGCCACUUAUCGCUAUGUUGAAGAUUGUACCUUAUUGGCUGGCUAACUUCCUGGUUCGAACCGGCCUACUAGGUCACAUAUCUUCAGUUUUCAGCCUAGCAACAACCAACCAUUCAGAAAUAAUGUCCCGCCUCACACAGAACAAGGACCUGAAGGCGCUGUCUGCAUACCUGUUCUAUGGUGUCCCUCCUAAAGAGUCCAGCUUUCUCAUCAACGCUCUCCUUCUUCACCACUACAAGCGUGGUGCGUACUACCCACGCGGGGGCGCCAGUGAGUUUGCCUUUCACAUCACCAAUGUCAUUCAGCGGGCAGGCGGUGCUGUGCUCGUCAGGGCUCCUGUACAACGCAUCCUGCUCAACCAGCAGGGCAAGGCCUAUGGUGUGACGGUGCUUAAAGGACAAGAAGAGAUUGAGGUCCAUGCCCCUGUUGUCAUUUCUAACGCUGGAAUCUUCAACACCUUCCAGAAGUUUCUACCUCAGCCCAUCCAGGACAAACCAGAGAUCCAGUCACUGUUGGGUUUGGUGCGACAUGGUAUGGGUUCCUUCUUGGUCUUUGUUGGUCUGGAUGGAACCAAAGAGGAGCUGGGCAUCGUUUCCACCAACUUCUGGAUGUAUAAAGACAAUGACUUGGAUACACUUAUGGAGCGUUACUCUUCUCUGAGUAGAGAUGAGGUAUUGGGGAACAUUCCCAUGAUGUUCAUCACCUUCCCAUCCGCUAAAGAUCCUACAUCCAACAUUAGACAGCCAGGUAAAUCCUGUAUGACGUUGUUGACCAUGGCUCGCUAUGAGUGGUUCGAGGAAUGGGAGGAGACGAGGCUGGGAAAGAGGGGACAGGACUACCUGGAUAUGAAAAACGGCAUGGCCCAAGAGAUGCUGGACUGGGCAAUAACCAUCUUCCCUCAACUGCGAGACAAGGUGGUGAUUGUGGAUGCGGCCACUCCUCUAACUAAUGUGCACUACUUGGGCGCUCCAAGAGGUGAGAUGUACGGUGCUGAACACAACUUGGAGCGCUUCAACCCGGACACGGUUGCUAGGACACGACCACAGACACCGAUCGAUGGACUCUACCUAACAGGUCAGGACGUAUUCUGUAACGGCAUGGCUGGAGCGCUGCACGGUGGACUGCUCUGCGCCUCGGCCGUCCUCAACCAGAUCCUCUACAUUGACCUUUUAGCCCUGAAAACCCGCAUCAAAAACAAAAAGAAUAAUCGUAAGAAUUUCUGGUAGCAACAGGUGCUCAAAUAGCUUUUACACAUACUUUAGGCAAGGCAGCUUUAUAGCUAAUUUCAUCUGUUAUCACAUGGGGCUCUUUCCCACAGAUUCUGUUUAUAUUUGAAAACUUGUUUAGUUUGCACCAUUCUGUCUUAUUAACAACAAGCAGCGACCCACCACCCAUUUGUGGUACGCAGGAUUUAAAACAAACAACCUUCAGUACUGAAGCUAGCAGGCAGAAAAGAUUUGACAUAUGACAUCAUCAACGUCAAUCAAAAACCAAUGUGAGCACAUAAAAGAGGCUAUAGUUUAAUCACCCAGUUUAGCUUGAUGGUUCAAGUAGCUUGAAUGUUUAAUUAUUUAAUCACAAUUGCUGUUAUUAACUCUAUGCUAGUUAAAGUGCUGCUUUUUAUAGCGAGACUGGAGGAAGGGAUGAGGAGAGAGGAAACUGAGGUGAGGGAUAAACUCAGAACGCAAGAGAGCGAGAAUUAGAGAAAGUAAAGAGUGCAACUGAUUUAAAGAUUUAAAGAAAAAGACGAAGGAGAAAAAGUGAUUUGGCACCAGUCAGUGAUGGGGAAACAAAAAAGCAGAAAAACUGCUAUGGUCUAACUUUAUUAAUGUAUUAUAUAAGUUCAAAACAAAAGAAUGGAACUUGCUUUAAAAUGAUUGAGGGAUAUGUUAAUACAGGGGACUAACACUACACAACAAUACUUAUAUCCACUACAGCCCUGGUUACCAACAUCAUAGUAAUUCAUUAAUAAGUACCUAACCUAAUUGUCCAGCUUUCACUAGCAUAUUAAGAUCUUCAUCAGCAAAAUUAGUUGUUGGCUCUGUAAAGAAUUCCCACUGCCUCUGCUUUAUGCUACUUCUAAAGGUACAGUCACUAACCUGUCCUUUUCCUGCUUUAGAUUUUUAUAAUUUUGACAAUGUUAAUUUUAGCUUGUACAACCCAUGAAAAUAUCAUAAAAGGAUCAACUAUACAUGUUGCCACAGCACCACUAAUGCAGGUGUUGCAUUUCCAAAAUGUGUAUUGUGAAGCAUGUAUUUAUAUAUUUUCAUAUACUUUCACUCUUCACAAUGUAUAGCAUGGCACCGUUGAAAUAACACUUGGAAUGAAUAUAUGAAUAUAUAUCUAUGGAAGGUCUUUGGGUCCAGAUAUCUCAACUAUUGGAUGGAUUACCAUGAAAUUUGGUACACAAGUCAGAAGAUGUAUUGUAAUAAACUUUGAUAAUAAACCUGCAAAA